AAGAUCUCAAGAAGCUGAUCAAACUGAACAUGUAGAAGAAGAAGAAAGUGCAGUAAGCCAGUGAACGACACUUGACUUCACUCCAACAGAAUUUUUGUUCUUAUAAAUGAAAAAUAAUUUCAUUAAGAAUUAUUAAUAAAUCAUUUAUAUAUACGCAGUUUGUUUUGGGUAUGGUCUGUCCAACUGUUACGCUAUUCCUGGAUUGAAUAGCGAUUUUAAGCUCCACUCUCGUCGUUUUCUUUGCUUCUUCACUCUUUUCAACACUUUUAAAUUAACAUUUUGUAGUAUAAAAUGAUCUUUUUUUACUAUAUAAAUAAACAAAAAGCUUGCAAUGUAAAACCCCAUGUAUACAUGCAGGCAUUUGUGUCUUGUUCGCUUUACUUUCAAGUUUCCCGCUCUGUAACUUGGAAUAAACAAAGGGUCAUGGAAAUAUUAGUAGUAGCAGAAGUGUAGAUAUUGUUGCAUUGUUGGUUUGUUUUGUUUUGGGAUUUUGAUUCUUUAAAUCCAAGAAAAAAAAAAGAUGAAUACAAGAGUCCGUACCACUCUUCAGUCCAUGAAAGCUCCUUUAAAUCAUGACAGACACCACAAUAAAGAGAUGGAGAAGUGUCAGGGAAGUAGAACACUUGGUACCAGCAAAGCUGUAACAAAUAGGAGAAGAUCAAUCAGGGAAAAGAAAAUAGCCUUAUUACAAGAUGUUGAUAAGCUAAAAAGGAAGCUUAGACAUGAAGAGAAUGUGCAUAGAGCUUUGGAGAGAGCUUUUACUAGGCCUUUAGGGGCACUUCCUCGGCUUCCUCCUUACUUACCUCCAUAUACAUUAGAGCUACUUGCUGAAGUAGCUGUUUUGGAAGAGGAAGUUGUUAGGCUUGAAGAGCAAGUAGUGAGUUUUAGGCAAGGUCUUUAUCAAGAGGCUGUCUAUGCAUCUUCCAAGAGGAAUGUAGAGAAUUUGAAUGAAUCCACUGUUGAGCAGUCUACGGUUCGAAGUUCAAAACACCAGCGAUUGAAGUCUUUGUCUGUAAACGAGAUGAGUUUGGUACCAACCAUUGCCAGGUCUCAGCCAUCUCUUUCCAGAAGUGUUUCAAGCAGAAAGAUGUUGCCUCCAGAUACUAUUUACGAUCGAGCUGGACAGUGCUUUAUCAGGCCAACAAAUGGUAAACAAGCUUCCACAAAAUUCAGUUCUGCUUCCGGAGACAUAAGAGGAAAAGAAAACCAAUCAUUUGCAAAUGCUGUAAAGGAUAAACAAUCUCCAGACAAGAAAGUAUCCAACAUUGUGACCCCAGUAAAGAGACUUCCAAUCAAGCUUGACUCAGCAGACAAAUAUCUGGAUCCUCUGAAGGUGCAGCUAGAUGGUAGAUUAGUAAAGCAAGAAAAUGCACAAGCAAGCCCUUCUAGUUCUACAGAUGAUAAGGUAUCAGCAGUUGAUAGUACACCAAACAAAAUAUCUGAAGACAUUGUAAGGUGCUUGUUUAGAAUUUUCGCAAGGUUGAGCACCUUGAAAGAUAAAGCUGCGGAAUCCGGGACUUUACCUGGAGAAAGUGAGGUCCGAGACCCUUAUGGUAUCUGUUCAGAUUUGAAAACUAGAGAUAUUGGACCCUAUCAACAUCUUUGUGCAAUUGAAGUGAAUACAAUUAACCUAAACCGGAGUAGGAAUGCUUUGUUUCUGAUCCAUAAACUAAAGUUUCUUCUUGGGAAGCUCGCGUCUGUCAAUUUAGAGGGUCUCAGCCAUCAGCAGAAGCUUGCAUUCUGGAUCAACACUUAUAAUUCCUGUAUGAUGAAAGCAAUUUUGGAGCAUGGGGUUCCUGAGUUGCCUGAAACAGUUGUAGCACUAAUGCAAAAGGCUACAAUAGUUGUGGGAGGCCACUUACUAAAUGCAAUAACAAUUGAGCAUUUCAUAUUAAGGCUGCCUUUCCAUUUGAAAUUUACCUGUCCUAAAGCUGCAAAAAAUAAUGAGGUGAAAGCACGCAAUAUAUUUGGUCUCGAGUGGUCCGAACCUUUGGUUACAUUUGCUCUUGCAUGUGGAAGCUGGUCAUCUCCUGCUGUGAGAGUAUACACGGCGGCUCAUGUCGAAGAAGAGUUGGAAACAGCUAAGAGAGACUACCUGCAGGCAGCGGUGGGGAUUUCAAGAACAAACAAGUUAACAAUACCAAAGCUAUUGGAUUGGUAUCUGCUUGACUUUGCAAAGGAUUUGGAAUCAUUGCUGGAUUGGGUUUGCCUUCAGCUACCAAAUGAUGUGAGAAAUGAAGCAGUGAAAUGCUUAGAGAGAAAAGGGAAAGAGACUCUUUCACAACUUGUGCAAGUAAUGCCUUACGAUUUCAGUUUCAGACUGCUUUUACAGCGUUGAGAACUAUAUUUCGCAAUCGAUGCUUUUAUCAGGAAACAGCGUUGAGAACUAUAUUUCGCAAUCGAUGCUUUUAUCAGGAAAGAGUUCAGGGUUUUGGGGUUGGUGAGAUAUUUAUACUGAACUACUAAUAUUAAAACUAGACACAGUUAGGAGUACAUAUGUAAUGUAGCAUCUGUAAAGUAAAAAGAAAAAUGAAGGAAGAUGAAUAACUGGUUUUAUUACUUGGCAAACAUUGACUUUGGGCUGUGGUGAUUGGUUCAUUGAAAUUAAUUUUUCAGAUUAUUUAUGUUGCA